UCUCUAGUUCCAGCUGAGCCUGAGGUGUUGGACCUGCUACCAGCAGGCUCAGGCACUCGGCUCCCAGCCGGACACCUCACCAUGGCCACGAAGGUAGACAGUAGGCCUGGUGGGCUCCCCAGCAGGAGCUGUGACCUGGGCGCAGCCCGCGAGCACAUGCAGGCGGUCACUCGAAACUACAUCACCCGUCCCCGUGUCACCUACAGGACUGUCUGCAGCGUCAACGGGCCCCUGGUGGUGCUGGACCAAGUCAAGUUUGCCCAGUAUGCCGAGAUCGUCAACUUCACCCUCCCCAAUGGGACUCAGAGGAGCGGGCAAGUGCUUGAGGUGGCUGGCACCAAGGCCAUUGUGCAGGUGUUUGAAGGGACCUCUGGGAUCGAUGCCCAGAAGACCACCUGCGAAUUCACAGGGGACAUCCUACGGACUCCAGUGUCAGAGGACAUGCUGGGUCGGGUUUUCAAUGGCUCCGGCAAACCCAUUGACAAGGGGCCAGUGGUCAUGGCAGAAGACUUCCUGGAUAUCAAUGGCCAGCCCAUCAACCCCCACGACCGCAUCUACCCCGAGGAGAUGAUUCAGACGGGCAUCUCUCCCAUCGAUGUCAUGAACAGCAUUGCCCGUGGGCAGAAGAUCCCCAUCUUCUCAGCAGCCGGGCUUCCCCACAAUGAGAUUGCCGCCCAGAUCUGCCGCCAGGCUGGGCUGGUGAAGAAGUCCAAGGCUGUGCUGGACUAUCACGACGACAACUUCGCCAUCGUCUUUGCAGCCAUGGGGGUGAACAUGGAGACAGCCAGAUUCUUCAAGUCCGACUUCGAGCAGAACGGGACCAUGGGGAAUGUCUGCCUCUUCCUGAACUUGGCCAACGACCCAACGGUCGAGCGGAUCAUCACCCCGCGCCUGGCGCUGACCACUGCUGAGUUCCUCGCUUACCAGUGUGAGAAGCACGUGCUGGUCAUAUUGACGGACAUGAGUUCCUACGCAGAGGCCUUGCGGGAGGUCUCGGCUGCUAGGGAAGAGGUGCCAGGGCGCCGAGGCUUCCCUGGAUAUAUGUAUACAGACCUGGCCACCAUCUACGAGCGGGCGGGCCGCGUGGAAGGCCGGGGCGGAUCCAUCACUCAGAUCCCCAUCCUCACCAUGCCCAAUGAUGAUAUCACCCACCCGAUCCCAGACCUGACGGGCUUCAUCACAGAGGGACAGAUCUACGUGGACAGACAGCUUCAUAAUAGACAGAUUUACCCCCCCAUCAACGUGCUCCCUUCCCUGUCGCGGCUAAUGAAGUCCGCCAUCGGGGAGGGCAUGACGAGAAAGGACCACGGAGAUGUCUCCAACCAGCUGUAUGCCUGCUACGCCAUCGGGAAGGACGUGCAGGCCAUGAAGGCAGUGGUCGGGGAGGAGGCUCUCACUUCGGAGGAUCUGCUCUAUCUGGAAUUCCUGCAGAAAUUCGAGAAGAACUUCAUCAACCAGGGCCCCUACGAGAACCGCUCGGUGUUCGAGUCGCUGGACCUGGGCUGGAAGCUGUUGCGCAUCUUCCCCAAAGAGAUGCUGAAGCGCAUCCCGCAGAGCGUGAUUGAUGAGUUCUACUCCCGCGAGGGGGCGCCACAGGACCUCAUGUCGGACACCGCGCUCUAGCCCGCCUGCAGCCUGGCCCGCGAACGCGGUCCCGGGACUCUGCGCUCCGCGUCCAAGUCUACGCGCCCCUCCCCAUCCGCCGUGGUCGCACUCACCCGAACCAACUGCUUCCGCGCCCACCUGCAGCCCCCCGACGGCUACGGGUUGGGGCUCCCACGCUCCAUCCCCCGCCCUGGAUUCCCGGCAGUGGGAAAGAACAAAAGGUGGUUCCGUCUGUAUUCUAUUUGGCUCUGACAGGAGCGUUUGAAUUUUUAUUUUAAAAGCCCCCAAAAUAAGAAGUAACUGAGAUGAAGUAUUUGUCUUAUGUGAAAACAAGAUUAACAAAACACUGAUAAUUGUUAAAGCUGGGAGUGAUGGAUACAUGAGGUUCAUUAAACUAUUCUCUCCACUUUAAAAAAA